AUGGGGAAGCAACUCGACGGACGACAUCGCCUGGCUCGCAUGCAGGCAGCUGUAUUCGAUCGAAAAAUUUCGUCUACCCACGGGAAUCUUACAACACUAGAACCAUUAGUGAUCAACUAUGACGACUACGGGACAGACACGGAGCCGAAAGCUUUGGACCUUGCCGAUCCUUGCACUCAAUAUUUGGCGUUAGGAACCGCAAUACCCUACGAAUAUGUCGAUUAUUCGGCAAAGAUCAUAUUGGAAGUUAACUCUGCUGAGCUGUACACAUUGCGAAUGUUUCGCAAACUAUGCGAUGUGGAUAGAGUUGUUGACGAGCUCGUUAACGCCUCUCACCACAUGUCAGCAUUUACGGGUUUGAAGCAUUCCUUCAACCUUCCUCACUAUUCGAACUGCUUGCGAUUUUCGACCCCGAACACAUGCGACGCGCUGAACGUCGACGACAUUGAACUCCUGCAUUCAACUGUUGAAAAGUGCCGUAAGGAUCCCUCGCUAACGACUUGUAAAUCGAAGCUUAUAGGACAAGUGCUAAACUACUUACUUCCGAAAACAUCGAAAUCCGAGAAAACAUACCUCGCAGUUCUUCUCAAGAUUACAGCUAGUAACGGUGUUCCAAACAACUUAGAUUUCUAUAACAACCUUCUUCAUGGUCUCCAGCACUACUUUGGUAGUAAUCCCACACUGAAAGGAGCAUUUUUCAACGUGAAAGAGGACGAAUUUCUUCGGUCGUUGAUCAAUGACUCUAAACUGUCUGGCAUUUCAGCCGGACUGAUUCUUCUUUGUUUUCUGCUAUAUUCGCGCAGCUUUUUCUACACGCUGAUCAUCCUCACUACAAUGUUCUUCUCAAUGGGCAUCGCGUUCUUCUUCUACACGGUGAUCUUACGCAUAAACUUCUUUCCUUCGCUGAAUUCUCUUGCCGUUGUGGUUAUGAUAGCUGUUGGCGCUGAUGAUGCAUUUCUACUUCACACGUAUUACAAAAAAUACAAAAAGACAAAAGAUGAUGUCUAUGAAGUCGGUGGUCCUUACGUUCCACUUUACAAGGAGCAAGACCGUGUGCGCCAAGCCCUCCAAACCUCUCUACGUCACUCACUGGGGUCGAUGUUCGUCACCUCGGCAACAACAGCUGUAGCGUUCAUCUCCAACCUAACCAGUGACAUCAUAGUGAUCAGGUACACAUAG